CCUCUCUCUCUUUCAUAUUUUUUUUUUUUUAGAUAUGGUUCAACUGGUGAAGAGACAAAAGACAGACAAGACAGCCAAAUACUCUGAUGCCUUUAUUUUUUCAUCACUCACCUUCAAGCAAGCGCCACAGGCAUUAUCUAUAUCAAAACAAAAUAUUCUCGUAUCAGUGCCAAGUGAGCCAAUACCAAGUCAAGUCAAUUGGAUCACAGGCAACUUGUACAAUUAUGCAUUGAUUCAAAAGAGGCGUAUUGAAUUAAUAGAAAACUUUCACAAGCAAUAUGCAAUUACUCAUUUGCAGUGGAAUAAAAAGGGAAACACGUUUGCGUCUAUUGAUGAGACUGGACAAUUGGCUUUAUGGCAAAUUCAAGGACCAGUUGACAAAUGGAAAUUACUCUACAAUACUCACUUGAAACAACCUUUAGCUGCAUUCCACUGGUUAGAUGCUGAACGUGAGGUAGAACAAUAACGUACUUUUUGAAAAUAUUCUUAUUCAAAAAAUGUAGUACGUUUCUGAACAAGACAAAUUCAUACGCGAAUCCAAGAAUUGCUUAAAGAAUCCAUUUGGCCACCUUGGAUUCAUCACAAUAA